AAUCUCUUUGCCGGGCCGCAGAUCUCCAUCUCUUCUCAACCCAACCUAUUCUACACAUCCCAACACCACCCACCUAACCUACCCAUCCGUUUCAGACCGUCUGAUCGAGACCCGACGGCCCAAAAAUGAUGCAAAACCCCUACCCUAAUCCCAUAUGUCAUAAAUAGAUGUCAACCCUAAAUUCUAAGAAGCUUGUCCCAUCAAUCCCCUCAGCCGCCGCCACCUGCUGUCUCCCACCUCGGGUUCCCCCGAGAUGCAAACCGAGCCAACCAGACACGCCUCCACCUCUCCCUCGGUCAUGUGCAGCCAACCCCAGCUAGAUGCCCCGAGCUCCUGCUUGCUCUUAGCGCAAGCCGCCGCUCGCGCAAGCUGCAUUCUCCACCAGGAGCAGCGACUCCCGCAGCCGCGCCUGAGCUCCUCGAGCUCCCGCGCGCGAGAAACCACAGCAGCCCCAUCUCCUCGCGUUGCCCUGCCGGCCGUCGCGAGAUCCGGUGCCCCACCAACGGAUCUCCCCAUCACCGUCCAAGGAGCUUCUCCAUCCGCGCCAUGGACGACCGUCGAAGCUUCUCAGCUAAGCCAUGGAGCUCGUCGCCUCGUGCCCGUUCUGCACAGCUCGCCCCUGCAGGUCCACUGUGCUCCAUCCCCAUGUCCACCGUGACUGGCCACGAGCAGAACCGAUGGAUCAGCAGGUCCCCUGCGUUGUGCUCGUUUUGCCUCUCUCCUGACCAUUUUUUCCCUCCUCUGAUCUCUGCUCUCUCUUGUUGCGUGCGAACCAGCACCACCCAUGGAGUUGCUCCCUCUGCCCCGAGUUUUUGCCACUUUGAGCCGGUGCGCAACAGGGCCGUUGAUGUCGCCGCCCCGUGGCCAUGGAGCCAAGCUCCGCCCCGCCAUGGCCACUGCUUGGAGCACCUGCCUUCCGCCGCCAAUGCCCGCGCCCUUGCAUCCAGCUCCAUGCCUCCGUCGAGUCCGUCCCUCUGCUUCCUCUAUUCGUCGCAGAAGAGCAGAGCAGCUCGCACGUUGUGCGUUGACCGAGCCAAGACCAGCCCCCCGAAGCCAGCUUUUUAGGUCGUGAAUUCCGCAAGCGUGUUGGAAUGUGAGGGCCCGUUGGACU